UUCACGCUCACUUAUAUCUGUCACUUGACAGUGGCUGCAAUUACGUAAUGGCUGAUAGUUUGUCAGUGUCACUAAAAUCUCUUUAAAAUCUCCCUAACUUGUUAUACAAUGGCUGUACCGGUUCGGAUUUUAUCUCGUUGCAAAGAUGGCUUAAAGUUUGGCAACAUUAGAUAUUCAAGCAGCACACCUUAUGCUCAGACACGAAAAAACUUGGUUUUAACAAGUGAUACCAAAGUUAUUGUGCAAGGAUUCACUGGAAAACAGGGAACUUUUCAUAGCCAGCAGGCUCUUGACUAUGGAACCAAAAUUGUGGGUGGGGUAUCACCCAAAAAAGCUGGCACAGAGCAUCUUGGAAAGCCAGUAUUUGGUACAGUAAAAGAAGCCAAGGAAAAGACAGGGGCAGAGGCCUCUGUAAUCUAUGUUCCACCUCCAGGAGCAGCUGCGGCUAUUUUAGAGGCCAUUGAAGCUGAGAUACCACUUAUUGUGUGCAUCACUGAAGGAGUUCCUCAGCAUGACAUGGUCCGUGUAAAACAUGCACUGCUACGUCAGAACAAGUCACGGCUUGUUGGACCAAACUGCCCUGGUAUUAUUGCUCCAGAGAAGUGUAAAAUUGGUAUCAUGCCAGCCGCUGUUCAUAAAAAAGGUUGCAUUGGAGUAGUAUCUCGGUCUGGUACCUUGACCUAUGAAGCUUGUCAUCAAACUACUGAGGCUGGCUUGGGACAAACUCUCUGCGUUGGUAUUGGAGGAGAUCCGUUCAACGGCACCGACUUUAUCGAUUGCUUGGAAGUGUUCCUGAAGGAUCCCGAUACGAAGGGCAUUAUCCUCAUCGGUGAAAUCGGAGGCAAUGCUGAGGAAUUGGCAUCCGAUUACUUGAUUCAGAACAACACUGGACAAAAGGCGAAACCCGUUGUGUCAUUCAUCGCUGGUCUUACGGCACCACCUGGAAGGCGUAUGGGUCACGCUGGAGCAAUCAUCUCUGGCGGAAAAGGUGGUGCUAUGGACAAAAUCAAAGCUUUGGAAAAAGCAAACGUCAUUGUCACUCGUUCUCCCGCCAAAAUGGGUGUCGAACUUCUCAAAGAGAUGAAACGAUUAGAAAUUGUAUAAGUUAAAAAGCGCUAUUAAUCAACUGGUCCAUUUACUUUGUAUAGACUUUGAGUAAUUAUACUGAAAUUAUUUAUUUGU